AUGGAGGAACAUAAAAUUGAGGCAAACCAGAAGUGCAUGCACUGCCUGAUGCCAUACCAUGACGGCGGUCCGUUCUUCUGCAAGCGCAAGUGUGUCUUCUGCGGAAAAAUGGGCCACAAUGGCGUCAUCUGCGACAUGAUCCUCCCACACUUCCGCGCCUACACCGAAGAGAACGAAAAGGAGAAGAAUGCGCUUCGGACUGAGGUGGAAAAGAAGGACAAGGAGAUCGCGCAACUUCGCUCCCUGCUACAAGAGAAGGAACAAAUGCUGGCGGAGGCGGGCAACAAGCUACAGCAGCAGCAGCAACUGCAGGACCAGCAACAGUACCACCAGCAGGACCACCAGCAGCAAGAGUAUUACCAAGAUGACACUGAGGACUGGCGUCUCAAGGGAUUCGACACCAGCAACGACUCGCUGUACAGUCUGCAUGGCUGGCAGCCUCUUGAGCAGGUUCUUCAACCGGACGACAGCACGAAGGUCGUUUUUGAAGAUUUUGUAAACGACGAAUAG